CCUUCUACCCUUUGACCCUUCCGUGCCCUUGACUCCAAGCGUGGUGCCCGAAUAUUCCCGGAGAGCGGAGCCGGGAAACGGGCCAUGGCCAAGUACUUGGCUCAGAUCAUCAUUGUGGGAGCCCAGGUGGUAGGGAGAGCAUUUGCUCGUGCGGUGAGGCAGGAAUUUGCUGCAAGUAGAGCUGCAGCGGAAGCUCGCGGGCGAGCUGGCCGACAGUCAGCAGCUGCCUCCAGCAUCUCCGGAAUGUCACUGCAGGAAGCACAGCAGAUUCUUAACGUCACAACGCUCAACUCAAAGGACAUCCAGCAGAACUAUGACCAUUUAUUCAAAGUCAACGACAAGUCUGUGGGUGGAUCAUUCUAUCUGCAGUCCAAGGUGGUGAGAGCAAAGGAGAGACUCGAUGAGGAACUACAGAUUGAAGAGAUGGAUCAAGCGAGAAAGAAACAGACAGAACAGUCCAAGACGUGACUCUCAAACACCCUGACUUCUACAUUUUGUUUAAUUCUUUAUUCAUAGCUGUAUAAAUUAUAUGUGGAAAAUCAAAUGUGUUCAGCCCUCGAUUGAAUGAGGAUAGGUACCAGCUCUGGGGGUUGCAGUGGAUCGAAGGACUGGGGUAGGUACCAGCUCUGGAGAUUGCACUGGAUUGCUGGCUUCCAUUGGUACCCAAAUAAACCUUGAACCAGUUAUGAAUCAUGUACUUAGAGGGCAGUGUGGGGGGAAUAAUUUGUGAUGCAGCAGUCAUGCUGGUGUGUGGAGGUUGGCCAUUUUAAACUCCCCACAACUGACUUUCAUCAAAUGCGCAGGUCAGAUUAAGUUUCUUCUUUAAAUAUUAAUCGGCUGCGGCUCCUCUUCAGUAUGUUAUGGAGAUCAAUUAAGUGUUUCUUUCAGGAUGAAUUAAGCAAUGAAAUUUACCUUGCUCUUUGGUCAUUUUUUUGUCUGUGUGCCAAUUAAUGUAACUGGGCCCUGGGCUUGAGUUUAUAUAGAAAGAGUAGUCAUCUCAAGUUUUGCCUCGGCCUCCUGAAACUCUAAAGUGACUUAUUGCAGCUGCACAUACACCUGUUAAAACUUAAUUAGUUUUACUUUAAAAAACCUCAAUGCAAUGUUGAAAAUAAAAUGUAACUGGUUGUAAAUAAAAACCUGUCAACAGUAAUUUGCUCCAAGCUUUAGGAGAACGCAGUAACUGCUUAUUUAAUUAUUGCUGGAGCACAAAGUUUAGAGCAUCAGCAGUUCCAUCCAUUGUAAAGCUUGUUGAAGAUAAUAGAAUUUGCAGCAUUCUCCGGACAGGACUAUAGGAACGGGUCAAGCUGGAAAGAUACAGAUAGAACAGAGCCAGACAUGACCACUGGACUUCAGUGCUUUCGCAUUUUGAUUAGUUUUGUCUGCAAUUAAUAAACCGUGUGGAAAAUUCAAUGUAUUAAUUCCUUGAGCAAAGGAUCAGUAAGCCUCGAGUACAUCUCAUCUUAGUAACCACCUCCUCCAGCCCUACAAGCCUUCAGGUUCUCUGUGUUCCUCUAAUCCUGGUCUCUUGCACAUUACUAAUUUUCAUUGCUCCACCAUAAGCAACUGUCUUCAGCUGCUUGGGCUUAAACAUUGGAAUUCCUUCUCUAAUAUCACUGCUUCUCGCUCCUCUUAGUGACUUCUUAAAACCUACGUUUGACCAUGCUUUUGGUCAUCUGUCCAGUAUCUUGUACUUGGUGUCAAAUUUUGUUUGAUAAUGCUCCUGUGAAGCACCUUGGAAUGUUUUAUUAUGUUAAAGGUGCUAUAUAAAUACAAGCUCUUGUUUAGUUCAGUGCAUUUUCCCCAUGAAACUAUCUGAUAGAGAUUUUCUGGCCUCUGCAUUUGAGAAUUUUUCAAAUAUUUCUGGAAUUCCCAGCCAUUUAAAAUAGUUUGUGCUGUUCUGCACUCCACUUGAACACCAAAUAUUUGAGUUUGGGCCAAUACAAAAGCAAAAUACGGCAGAUGCCUGAAAUUCAAAAUAAGGACAGAAAAUGCUGGAAAUACUCGGCAGUCUGGUAGCACUUGUGAGGAGAGAAACAGAAUGUUCAGGUCUGUGACUUUCCCUCAGAACUGUUUCCUCAAGGAUGCUGCCAACCUGCUGAGUGUUUCCAGCAUUUUCUGUUUGUAUUUGAGUUUGGGCUAUGUUUUUCAUUGUAAAGGAGCUAUACUUUUCACAGACUCAAAGAUAGCAACACCUGCACCCUGCCAUGGUACAGCCCCUGUCAAAUCCCAUUAUUGUUGUAUACUUUGCCUUUGUGCUUCAAUGUAAACACUAAACUCUUGGAAUGCAGCAGGACAGAAUAUGUCACUGCCCAACUAUGGACGCAGUUUGCAGGUUACAUUGUAAUUCUUUUCAAUAAUAUGUCGAAAUAUUUGUUGUGUGUCUUGAACAAAAGAAAAACUCACAUCUCUUUAGCAUCUUCCAUAAACUCUGGAUGUCCCAAAUGCAUUACAACUAUUGAAGUACUUUUGAAAUGCAGGUCUGAUGUAGGAAACACAGCAUCACUACAAAUGAGAAGAGCAUUCAGCCCAACCAGCGUCUGUUGAUGUGUUAUUCUCACAUAAGUAGUAUGCUAAUCCCGUGUAUCCUCUCAGUUCCCAUAUCCUGUUAUUUCUCCUUUUAAGAUCGCCAAAGCAGAUUAUCUGGUCAUUGAUCUCAUUGCUAUUUGAGGCCCCUUGCUGUUUGCAGAUUGGCUGCCACGUUUCCUGUAUUAUAAGUGCCAGGCGCUGCAUACUUAAGUGGCUGAAUGGCUCCACCCACAUGAGGAAUCACCAUUAGGAUGUUCUGGACUCUGCCUCCUGAACUGACCCAAGAGGCACUCAAUGGCUCCAGGUGGGGAGGGAGGUCAGAAAGAAAGAAACCAUCUUGGAACACAGAGUAAGUCAACAAAUUAAAUUUUAUUAACGUUAUUCCUUAAAUUCUGUAGUGUUCCUCUAAAAAGAGGACUUCAGUACAUGGCAUCAGCUUGAGCCUUAACAACUAAUGCUACCCAGUCUCCAUCAGGGGAGUCACACCUACUUAUAUUCUAGUGUAAAAAGGCACUUGCAACAUGUUAAAAAAUACUGUUGCGAAAACAUGGAAUGUGCAGUAAUCUGAUCCAGGCCCAAAUGGACCUUGUUCAAUGAUUCACACACUGUACAGCUGACCUUGAACAAAGCUUAAUCCAUUAUCACUUAGCUUAUUAAUACUAGGAGAGGGGGAAAGAGAAAUCCAGACCCACUAGAGUCUGGGUAUAGUCAACAGCAGCUAACAGUGUGCAGCCAGCAGAAAGAUAAUUGUUUCUUUGUCUUGCACAUAAUAAAAUUAAUAAACUACUUAUAAACAAACGAAGAGGUUUACAAAUGGUUUGGCAAGCAGCACACAUGAUGUAUGCUUUGUCACACGCACACAUUUCAACAUUUUUUCUUCCCAUCGACCAGGAAGCAGAGUACUAUUAUACUCAACUCCCACUGGAUUGACAUGCUCUUUGCCAUGGGUCCUUGUGUUGUCACCCACCAAUGGUUCUCACUGAGGUGACAGUUGGUGGGUUAGUUGUAAACCUCCCAUUGCCAAUGAUUCUCCAGUUUGCUUUGUGCUCUAGUGUAAUUGGCUACUAAACUGAGUAGCUCCUCAGUACUUUUAUUGACAAUAUCCAUCACCCUACAGGCUAUUUUUAAUUGGAUUGUAAGUGCACUGCAUAAAGGGAUUGGCUGUUUAUCAAGCUGAUAGCUCUCAGUAUUCACCCCAUUGACCAGUCAAGUGUUGUGCAUGUUGGAAAGCGCUCUGGUGGCUUAGAGACACACACUCUGUGUUACUCUGCACUGUCCCACUCCAUUUAUUUCAAAGCAUGCCCAGGUGACUCUUGCCUGGUUACUCAUUAAUCUGUUUGCCUCUGAAAAGCCGUACUAUGUUGAUGGUAGGGCAUUUGGGAUAAUAUACACCUCUGGUCCUCUUGGUUGCAAAGAGGGCAGCUCAUAUUUGCACUCAGUGCUGGAGUCAGGGUCAAAUACCCUCCAGACUCAACAGUGUUGACUUAAAAUUUACUCCACUGAAAUACACUGGUGAAUGACAACAAUUUACAUUUAUAUAGCACCUGUAACAUAGUGCCAAGACGCUUCACAGGAGCGAUUAGCAAACAGAAUGUGACACCAAGCCACAUAAGGCGAUAUUAGGGCAGAUGACUAAAAGCUUGGUCAAAGAGGUAGGUUUUAAGGAGUGUCUUAAAGGCAGAGAGGUUUGGGGAGGGAACUUCAGAGAUGAGGGAAUUGGCAGCACUGGGUUCCUUUGAGGUCAGAAUUAGACGCUGAAUAUUGAAUGGGACUAGUGUAAAAAUACCAAGUGACAAAGGUUUUUUGAUUUCGUAAAUAUCUAUUGGCAUGAAUUCAGAUGCAUCCUGUUGUUCUACUUAGCAGCUAGCUUCAAUAAUGAACAAAAAAAAGUUCACUAAAAUAGGAAGAGAGAAAGAAAAUGUAUCAUUUAAAAGUUGUACAGGAGCAAUUCUGUUCACAAAAAAGGGUAGCAUAUAACUGACCUGUCCUGGGAUCAGAGGUUCAGUCUCUUGAAAGGUCAGUCCUGCCCACCUGACAACUGAUCAAAUAUAACAAUAUAUAGAGAUGGCUGUGAAGGGUGAUGGAGGGAACAUUGAAUAAAUGUUGAAAUCAAGGACAGGGCUAUGGGCAGAGUGUGAGGCAGCAGGAUUAGUUUGGGAUUGAUACAGAUAUGGAGAGACAACAGGGCUGUGGAAUUAGUUCGUAGAUUGAUACUGCACUAUGGGGAAAGAGCAGGGCAGUGAGAUUAGUUUGGGAUUGACACACAACUAUGGGGAAAGCAUGGGAUAUUGGGAGGAUUUUUGCAUUGCACUAAUAAAAGGGCUGAAUAGUCUCCUGUACUGAAAGCUUCUAUGAUUCUAUAAAGAAAGCAAAAUGUUCCAGAAAGAAUGACUGCAGUUAAUGGGUAAACUCCAUGAGCAAAUCUCUACCAAUGGCAAUCCGGACUCACAGAGGCACCUACAGCUUAAAUAACAAAUAGGAGAUUCUUAUAUAUCUAUAAUAUAUAUUAAUAAUGGUGCAUAUAACCUGCACUUCCUGUAGAUGUCACAGUUGCUUCCUGUAACACUUUCCCUGUCACACUUUGUUCCUAAUCCCUCUAAUAUUUAAUAUUCUUUUGACUCAACAGAUGCAAUGUCAUGGGAUUCACUUUUAUGUGAAUAUUUACUAUAAUGUGUGGAACUUUAUAUAAACUAUAUACAAGCACACAAUUUUCAGAAAUAUAUUUGUAUUUUUUAUCAUGUAAUAAAUGUCCUAAUUUAA